UGGUCGCCAUGCUUGUCUCCAAUGACAACAUCUAAAUUUUGAAAGGCAGUGUUUAGGUUUGUGUGUACAAGUAGCCUUGACGUUCCUAUUUUAAGAAGGCUAUCACAAAGAAGAAGAUGACAGACACACCAAUUGAUGUUCCAAGAUUGGAACUUGAUUCAAUCAUUGGAUUUAAUGGGGAUGUUAAUGCUGGUUUGAAAGUUCACCCUGGAAGAGAACACCUGAUUUACCCUCUAGGAAAUACAGUCAUUAUAGAACAUGUUACAACAAAGGAAUUUUCACAAUUAUCAGGUCACACUAAUAAUGUGUCAUGUAUUGCUGUGUCACCAUCUGGAAACUACCUAGCAUCAGGACAAGUCACUCACAUGGGAUUUAAGGCCAAUGUCAUUAUAUGGGAUUUCCACAGGAAACAACAGAUAGCAACACUUAGUCUUCACAAAGUAAAAGUACAAGACUUAGCAUUCUCACCUAAUGAAAAAUACCUUGUAACUCUUGGUGGACAAGAUGAUGGAAGUGUUGUUGUUUGGGAUCUAGCUAGCAAAGAAGCAAUUUGUGGAAACCAAGCCCAAGUAGAAAGUGCUGGAGUAACAUACUGUGUAGCCUACUCCAACGUCAGCGAUGAUGUCUUUGUAACAGGAGGAGAUGGUACAUUACGAGUGUGGGAACUUGAUGUAGGAAAUAGGAAAAUCAAAGCAACAAAUGUGGUCAUGGGUCAACUUAAAAGAGUUGUUAAAUGUAUUCAGAUGGCUGAUCACAUGGCAGAACCAUUCUUUUUCUGUGGUACAACAACUGGAGAUAUCAUAGGUAUCAAUAUGAGAACCAGGCUCUUCCAAGUCCAAGGACCAAAGAAAGAAUUAUUCAGUAAAGGUGUUACAUCUCUAGCACUUCUAAAGUCUGGAGACUUCUUAGUAGGAGCUGGAGAUGGAGAAGUAGCCCUUGCUAAAUUUUACAAGAAACAAGACAAAGGUGAAGUCUUGUUUGAAAAGAAAAGGUCAUGGAAGGACAAAAAUUUAUCAAAUUUAUCAUCACCUGCAAUCACAUCUGUAGCCCUGAGAGGAGAUGGCCAUCAGUUUUAUGUUGGAGCUGCUAACUCUCAAAUUUAUAGAUUUAACUAUGCUGAAUAUGUCAGUGGUGGUGGAGAUCAGAAACAAAUCAACAAGAAAACUGGUCUAAAAAUAGAGAAAAAGACCCAGACAGACGACAAAGGUGUAGAGUUAGUAAAAACAUGUCACUCCAAAGCUGUUAAAGAUGUUGUAUUCCCAUUCGGAUUUUCUAAUUUAAUAGUAACUUGUCAAGAAGAAGAAAUUAGGGUAUGGAAUAUGUCAACAAAAAAAGAAAUUCUACGACAUGUAGUUGCCAAUAAGACAUGUAAUGCUGUGUGCAUAACUAGAGACGGGAAAACAAUAUUUAGUGCUUGGGAUGAUGGUAUUAUCAGAGGAUAUGGAUUUUCAAAAGACGGUAAAAGUUUGAAGCAGAAAUUUGAGAGGGGAGAAGCUCAUAGUAAAGGAGUGACUGCCAUUUCAUGUACAUCUGAUGGCAACAGAAUCGUAAGUGGUGGAGGUGAAGGUCAAGUACGCAUUUGGGACAUUACAAGAAGUAUGAAUGCUAAAGGCGAAGAUGUAUACAUAAUAAAAUUGGCAGAAACAAUGAUGGAACACAAAGGAACUGUUUCUGAUGUCAAGGUAACCAAUGGAGACCUGGAAUGUGCCACUGCUAGCAACGAUGGAACUUGUAUUAUUUGGGAUUUACAAAAUAAAAGAAGAAAGGGAAUAGUAUUUGCCAAUACAUUAUUCAAAUGUUUAACCUAUGAUGCAAAAGAAGUACAGUUAGUAACUAGUGGAACAGAUAGAAAAAUUGGAUUCUGGGAAACACAUGGUGGAGAGAGGAUUAGAGAUUUAGAUGGUUCAUCAAGUGGAUCUGUCAAUGCCAUAGAUCUGUCACCUGAUGGAAGAUUCUUAGUAACAGGAGGAGAUGACAGAAUGAUUAAGGUAUGGACUUACCAGGAGGGAGAAGUGGUGGCUGUAGGAAUUGGACAUAGUGACUCUGUCAUCAAAGUUAAAAUCUGUCCUAACCAGAACUUAAUUGUCAGUGUCAGUGAAGAUGGAGCUAUUCUCAUAUGGAAAUUCCCGUUUACACCAAGAUGCUAAAGACAAUUCAAAUUAACAAAGCAAAUACUGUAUAUGAAUCGUAAUGUUUAUGAAAAACUUGAAUUGAUAUGGAUUCCUUAGUACUACUGAUGAAUUUGGAAUGGAUAAAUUCUGUGAUAUAUUUAUUAUUAAAUGAAUUAUACUCAAUUAUUUUUAUUAUGAGAAGCAUCACAGUUGCAACCAAGUUUAUCUAAAAGUGCUCAAUUGUCCGUCCAUAAGAAUUGUUAUUAGUUUUUGUGAAGAAUAAUUCAUCUAUCUAAAUAGGGUUGUACUUUUUUGUUUUAGAUCAUUUAUUAAAUAACAAAAAUGUCAAAAACCAAUUAAGUAUUACCUUUUUUUUGUCCAAACCUGAGACUACAAUACCCUAUAAUUGUUUGUUUUCUCUUUUCUAAUAUUUUGAAACUUCAAUGAUUUAACUGCCAUUGUAUAUUUAAAUCUUCAAUAAUUCUGUUCUGUUAUGACAGAAUUUUGUUGCUAUUAUCAUUAUAAAUGUAUGUUUCACUGUUUGUCAGAUUUCACUUUACAAAAUAUAUAUAUAGUAAUUUUGGUAUAAUACCAAACUGUUGCUUGCAACUGUUUUCCUUUGUGAUCUGCAUUUACAGGAAUACUUCCUCAUUUUCAUAGAUCUGAAUCUAAUUGUAAAUAUUUAUUUGUAAAUGAAGUAUAUAUUUAUCAUCAGGACAAUAAAAUGAUAAAACACUGUAUAA